GGAGAGAGAUGAGUUCACGUUGCUAAGAAGCUAAGAGACAAGUAUAGCACUACAAUUCCUAAUCACCAUAUUCUUACCUGUCAUUACCUGUCUCAAUUCAAAAUUCCCAUACUGUCCUUCUUCCCCUUAUAUUUCCCGGGCCCCCUUGUCUUAAUUUCACUCCUCUAUUAUUCCUUCUUCUCUAAAAAGUAAAAACUCAGCUUCCAUUACAUAUAUACUACUAGUCUACUACACUUGAUAAAUCUUAUCUAUCUAAUUCUAAGAUGACAAUGAGCGACUACAACAACAACGACAAUAGUAAUACUAAAUCGCAAUUCGGCGACACAACACUUACGAAAGUUUUCGUAGGAGGGUUAGCAUGGGAGACGCCUAAGCAAUCAUUGUACGAACAUUUUGAGAAGUACGGUGAGAUCUUGGAGGCGGUUAUCAUUUCCGAUAAGAUCACCGGUCGAUCCAAGGGUUAUGGCUUUGUGACUUUUAAGGAGGCAGAGGCAGCAAAGAAGGCAUGUGAAGAUGCAACACCAAUUAUCAACGGCAGACGUGCUAACUGCAACCUAGCUGCACUAGGGGCUCGCCGUCCACCUCGAGCAUCUUCCACCACUCCGCAACCCUAUCAACGGCAAGUGUCAAACAAUAGCAACACCAAUGUUGGUGGUACCACCACGGCUGCUGCACCUACUGCUGCAGGUCAUGUGCAGUGGUACUAUCCUGCUGCUGCUGGUCGUGCUAGUUCGCCUACUACAACGACACCGUUUCAUCCCCAUCAAGCUGUUCCUUUCUAUGGGUACUCUCCAACCUAUAUUGCAGCUGAUGUUGGCUACAAUCAUAAGUUAAGCUACAGUGGUGGGGCCUACAUAAACGGUGGGCAGCAUUACACACAGAUGUAUCCAGGUCAGGCUAUGAUGGCGGGAGCAAACACAUUGAUGCCAUAUUACCCAUUUUACCCUUACUCUCACCAUCACCACCACCACCACCAACAUCAACACCAAUCCCAUCACCAGGCUGCUGCUAUGGGCCUACCAGCCCACAUUUUCCCACCUUCUUCUGCUGGCCCAAUUACUGUUUCUCCUCCCAUUAUCUCUAAGCCCAUUACUCCCAUUUGCGUAACCCCUCCCUCAGUGUGCUUGACAGUGGAGUAGGUUCAAUUGGAGCAAGGGAGAGCUUAAAGAAAGGAAGAAUCAUUCAAUAAUUGCAAGCAAAAGAAGAAUGCAUGGAAGAUUGUGUCUUUGGCUCAGAAUCACAUUAUUAUCAUCUCAUCAAGAAUGGCUCAUCUUUCCAACCAAAACAAGAUAAAAGGGCCCCAAAAAAACCCUAAUUUUUUAAUCCAAUUUUUUUAAUUAUUAAUUGAUUUUCUUAGGUAUUGGAUAAUUAAUUAAUUACAAUUAAUAUAUUCAUUUAUUCUACUCCCUCUAGUUUUCUUCUCUAACCCACAUGAUCAUGGAAAUCAUGUUGUGUAAUAAUAUCAUAGUACUUAUGUAAUCUCUCCUACAUAUCCAAAAUCGAAAUAUAUAUAAAAAAUGUUAUAAUUAUUUUA